AUGAUUUGUUUGCAUUCGUUGACUGUUUGUCCUAAAUUGGCUAACAAAACGAGUGAAGCCAAGAGUCUGAGCGCCGUAAAGGGUCUGCCAAACGCACCGACCGUCGAGUCUUACACCGGUUUUAUAACCGUAAACGACAAAUACGACAGCAAUAUAUUCUUCUGGUUUAUACCAGCGUUUAAAACUCCCAAAACAGCACCGGUGGUCGUAUGGCUAGAGGGUGGGCCGGGUAUAUCAUCCUUGUUCUCGUUGUUUACGUUCGGCCCGUUGUCUGUGGACCCGGCGCUCAACGUAACCAAACGUGAUAACUCGUGGGCCGAAGAGGUGUCGGUGCUGUACGUGGACAACCCGGUGGGUGCCGGGUAUAGUUUUACUAAAAACAAGCUAGGUUAUUCGCGGGACGAAAACAAUGUGGCCGACAAUCUCUACGAGUUUUUACAACAGUUUUACAUAGUGUUUGACGACUACAGAGCUAAUGAGCUAUACAUCGCUGGCCAAUCAUAUGGUGGUAAAUACGUGCCGGCGCUCGGCUACAGGCUUAUGGUGAGCGCCGGUGUUUCCCGACUGAACUUUAGGGGUAUAGCCGUCGGCAACGGACUCAUCGAUCCGAUCCAUCAAAUGAAUUACGCGAAUGUAUUCAAGACUAUGGGAUUAAUGGAUGAGUUGGAGGCACAGGAAGUGCACAGACGGGAGACCGCCAUCAGGACAGCCAUCACAGCCAAAGACUAUCUGAAGGCAUUGCAAUUGUAUUCAGACUUAAUGGUGUCAACACCGGAGUUGGUGGGCUACGCCACUACCACCACUGGUUACGCUCAGUUUUAUGACCUUUAUCAAUCGGGUCCGCUAUACAAAUCAAUAGUCAAUACAAUCAAAUACCUAUCAAAGACCCAAACCCGGUCUGCCAUACAUGUGGGCCCUCUUGAGUACAACUUUUCCAACAAAACUACCGGCGAUUAUCUGCACAACGAUUUCAUGCAAUCCAUUGAACCCAAUCUGACGGCCAUUAUUGACGGCAAAUACAAAGUGCUGUUAUUUACCGGCAAUUUUGAUCUUACGGUUGGCGUCGACUCUAUUAAUGGUUUACUUGAAUGGAAAGACUGGAAGUAUUAUAAGGACUACAGUUUGGGUAAGCGUUUCAUAUGGAAAGUGUCGCCAAAUGAUACACAAAUAGCCGGUUAUGCCAAAGGGUUUGGCAAUUUUAACCACGUUAUUGUACGCGAUGCUGGCCAUUGUGCUCAGUGCGAUCAGCCCAAGGCUACUCUCGAUAUGAUUACCCGGUUUAUUGGCUCAAAACCAUUUGGAUUAUAAUGACUUUAUUAUAUGGAAAAUUUGUGUAACCU